AUGCCCGGUAUCACUACGGCUAUCAACCCAAAGGCCCCUACAGCGAGGAAAAGCCCCGUCACUCCCACACCAGGCCCCAAAGUCCCCGCAAAGUCCCAGCAGCAGCGCAAAAGCUCGAAUGCGCAAAGCUCGCCGAAGGUUGUUGUUCAGCAGCAGCGUAAAAUCUCUGCUGUGAAGCCGACGGUUAUGGUGGACAAUAAGAGGAAGAUCAAGGCCGAGGGAAUUUCACCGAAGAUGGCUGAUGUCCAGAUCAAGUCCUUAGGAGCGGACAAGCGUACUGCUCAGGCAGAGACCAGAGACGAGUCCCUGCCGAAGAAGCAGAAGAUCGAGGAGGUGAAGAACGAAGUACAUGACACGGAAUACCUAGGUGACUACAUGCUAAUACCAUCCCAGAUCUGUCAUUACGCCGCAGUCACAUCGCCGGGAAAGUCCACUUCCACUACACUCACCACGCAACAGCCACCCGCGCCACUGUCUGCCACCGCUGCCCAAUCAGCUCAGUCCUCCCAGCUGAUGAAGAACCUCCUCCGCCACGUCCUCCAAACCCAGCCAACGCUCCUCCCAUCCAACCUCUCCACCCCCAUAACAUCCACUCACAUCGACAAUAUAGCUCACACAAUGUGGCAAAUCGCGUUCAAACACGUCGUCAUGCUCCAGCGCGCCUGCCAGUACAGCGCCAUGUUCUCGCCCCUCAAGUUGGCCGCGCUGGCUAAGUUGAACUUCCUGCCCAGCUGGUGGUUCUUUAGGGAUUUGGUCGUUGCAGGGUUGCCGGAGUUGAUCAAGGGUGUUGAUGGGAAGGGAGAAGAGAAGGGGCGCGGGGUGCUGAUCGAUGAUAUGGAGAUGCAGGGGGCUUGGAAUGAGGCUAUCAAGUGGUGUGGAAAUGUUAUUGCGCGGAGGGAGCGCGUUGCUACGCCGGUGGUUACGGAGGAGGAGAGGGCGAGGAGGGAAGCUUUGCAGGUGGCUCAGGAAGAAGAGUUGAUGCUGGAUAGCAAGAUGGGGGGUGACGACGAUGAUGAAGAACGAGAGGAGUGA